AUGACAAAUUUAGAUUAUGUACAUUUGCAGAAAUAUUCAUUGCCUUAUACACCAGACAAGCCUGGCACGUGCAAAGACAUAAGCACAGAGUACUAUGAAGAAAGCAUUAAUAAAUGUUGCAGCAAAUGUCAUCCAGGUUACCAUAUGGAUCAAAUCUGCAGCACCACCCUUGACACGCAGUGUAAGAAAUGCGGAAUGAAUAUGUACACAGAGGUCUGGAAUCGAGCUCCACGCUGCUUUGCCUGCUCACCAGCCUGCAAAAAUGGAACAGGAUUAGUGCAGACUCGAGAAUGCACUUCAACACAGGACAGAGCCUGUACUUGCUCAGCCAAUAUGUACUGUUCCACGAAGUUGCAGCAGAAAAGCUGCAAACAUUGUAAAAGACACAAAAAAUGUCAAAAAGGCUAUGGAGUUUCUAAACCAGGAACAGACACUAUGGAUACUGUUUGCACUCCUUGUCCCACUGGCAGUUUUUCAGAUGAAGAAUCUUACACUGCCCCCUGCAGACCACAUACAGUUUGUAAAUCGGUGUCUAUUCCAGGAAGUGGCACAAGUGAUACAGUCUGCAGUGACUUUCCUACAGGUGACUUAAGUACCACCAUCAAAGCAAUAUCUCCUUAUACCACAGUUCCAGCCACCAACCAGUCUCCAGGGCAAAGCUUGAGUUUUAGGACCUCAGACAUAAAAACUAGACCUGUUCAACAAAACAUUCCCCCUGAUGUUCCUCAGAUUGGUGUAACAGUAGGAAUGACGUCUCUAGCAUUUGUGGCAAUUGCAGUGGCCUUCUUUUGUUUUGCUUUUAAAAAAAGAGGCCAAAUGUGUUCUCACGUAGUCGGAGAUACAAAUUUACCUUUUUCCAUGGAGAAACAAUCUGACAAAAAGCAACGAGGCUUAGGAGUACAGGGAUCCAGUAGCCCUGGGCCGGAGGAGCAACAUCUCUUACACACUUCUGGGUCAAGCAGCAGCUCUUUGGACAACCCGACCGGGUCAGCAAAAAUCUGUACCAAUAGUAAUAAAAAGGUUGAAAAGAAAGACACUCAGCAGAGAAAUUUGCUGUCAGAAAGCUGUAAGCAUCACGAUGAAGACAGAGACAACUCUGCCAGCUCAGAACACUCUGGUAAUGGAGGGACCCAAGUGAAUGUAACUUGUAUUGUUAAAGUGUGUAAUUCCGACCACAGUUCACAGUUCUUGGAUCAGAUGAGUUCAAACACCGUGGAUCAUGAAAACAUUUCCAACUGUACUCCAACAGGGGAAACAAUUCCCCUUUCAAAAGAAGAGAACCCUUUGAAAAGAGAGACUGAAAUUCAACUCUCAGUGGAAGCUGAGGAUAAUUUACUUGAAGACUUAAUGUUUCCAGAAGAAAAACAAUUUCCCUUGGGUAUUCAGGAUGUGGGGAUGAAAAGUGGUUAAAAAGGAUGGUGACUGAUAAACUCUAUAUGCAGCUUUUAAUCUGGUAAAAUAAAUGUUAUGUGAAAUGUAGCAUUUUUAAAGAGAUUUAAAAUCUCAUGUAUAGAUGGGGUAAGAGUUUGAAAAAUGCUUUAACCUCUGAUACAUGACAGAUUCAAGUACUGAAGAAGAAUUUUUUACAAAAGCCAGUGUUUAUUUUUUUUUUAAAGCUUUUGUGCAAGCUUUUUUCCUGUCAUCCUUUGCCAGGAGUAUUCACCCUUAGCCUUUGCUAGGGUUGAAAGAAAGUAGAUUCUGUCUUCAUGUAAUUGACUUUUCUGCUGAGACUCUGUGUGAUGGGGCUAAUUAAUACUCUUUACAGAAGUAUAAUUUGAUUCAGACAUCCCAUCAGCAUUUCAUGAGAAACAAGUUGGUGACCAGCUAUCAAGUGUUACUGACUUAGUCGUAUGUUUUUAAUUUUAAAAUCAUUGUACUCAAUUACAUCAUUUCUUAUCCCACCACACACUAAAAUAUGUAGUUUUUGGAAGGACGUGCACUUCAGAUCUUUCUUUUAGUCCUCUAUAUUUUUUAGUUGUAGUUGGGUUUUCUCUGUCUUGCAGCAUCAUGACACAUCUUUAGUCUCAGACUUCUGUGGAUUGCCAGGCAAUUUUUUUAUAUGAGCUUUUAUAUAAGACUACAAGUAUUUAGUUUACUUCGACAACAAAAAGAAAUGUACUUAUUACAUCAGUUGUACAUAGUUUAUAUUCUGUUAUUUUACAAAAAAAAUAUAAAGUAGAACUCAUGACUGAAGCAGGUAAUUGUUCAUUUAAUUAUCAUUUCCAAGUGUUGCCACCUUUGUGCUGUGGCCAGUUUAAUGCGGCCUUCUGGUUGAAACUGACCUCAAGGAAUAAGGAAGAUGUAUUUGACAGAUACUUUUUUCUAUUUUCCAAAUAGUAGUAGUAGUAGUGAUCUAGGCAACUUAAUAGCACAAAUGGCUCAUUUUGGAGGCCCUCAGGGAAAAGAUUCUCAACCAGCAAUUGAAUAAGAAUAUACUAUGAAGGGCUGAAUUGACUUGAACGACAGAAUAAGGUCUCUUAGUGGUCGGUCUACAAAAAAGGUUAUAUUCCUGGAAGACCCAUAAUGGAGAAUGUCCUUUUAAACCCGGUGGCAGAAGUCUGUGCUUUUUCGAGUUUUGUGCCUGGGAUUGCAGUUGCUGUCAUCAUGUUAAACCCGCAACUCUGUUGUCUGUAUUGGAUAGAAACCUGUCGUAGAGUGCCUGAGUGCCUCAGCCUGAAUGUCAGACAGCAGCGCCAGUUCUGCCUUCCUCAGACAUGUCCAAACCCAUUGGAAUUGUUUAAGUGUAACUGAAUGCCAAAUAUUUUUCUGAGGCCUUAGACUGAAGAAGGAGGCCUUGAAGUAGUAUUCAUCUUAUCCUGGCUGUAGACAUGCAGAUAUUACAAAUGUAAAUUUAUAUGUUCACCCGAACUUUCAGGGUUAUCUGUGUGGCUGCGGAGAUGCUGAGAGGUGAAGUAUUGAACUGCAUUUUACACUUACAUCUAAGACUAUGCUCAGAAUAGACUCUAAGAAAUGGAAACACUGAAAUUAGUUCAAAACUGCAAAAUACACACAAGCCAAAGAUCUCAUUGUAUGUGGUGCAGAAUGCCUCCUUUAAUGUGUUGAAUGUCUUUUAUCUGUUGCUCAUCAUUUCUCAGGAGACCAUGAUGAAAACAUAGCUCAAAGAUUUUUAAAUGUGAUUUGGGGGGGAGUGGGAGGGGGAACAGGAGGGGAGUGAGAGGGAGAAAUCUUGGCAUGCCAGUUAAUCUACUGUGCCAUUUGUAUUCUGGGGCUGAAGGAAAAUCCAGAUUUUGUAUCUAAGUACUGAUGUCAAAGCAGUUUUUUAAAUAUGUUUGUAUAAUUUUUCUAAAAGGUCUAAAUGUUUAUUUUUAUAAUUACUUGUGACUUGAACUCUCUUGUCCUUUGCAUUGAACAAAAUGUUUUUACAUUUUCUUUGGAGUUUUAUGUUUGUUUGCUUGUUUGUUUGUUACUUUAGAGGGACAUUGUUUAAUUCUGUUUGCAUACUUUUUGUAUCCGAAACCAUUACCUUUUGGUUUUUACUUGUUAUUGUAAUGUGAUUAAAGGGAGUUUGGUCAUGA